CGACGACGGAUUUUGGAAAUCCUUUUUUUUAUCAAUAGAAAUCAAUUUAUUACCAUCAUCCAAAGUGAUGGAAGCAAACAGAAAUCUCAAGCAAAGCUCUAAUCUGGCAGCAACUAGUACAGCAACUAGCGCCACCACUCAUGCUGCCGCUGUUUCCAGUAGUAAAGUUAACAGCAUUACCAAUGGCAAUAUUCUCAGUGUACAGGCUCCUUCAAUUUAUUUUGCAUUUGCUAGUUCAUCCAAUGUUUCCAAUGGAAAAUUGAUUCCUACUUUCCUAUUGUCAAAUGCUUCAAGCUUGGGAAAUUUGUCCCAGGCUAUUUGGAUUCCUACGGCUGCUGUGAUGCCGCAGACUCAAGAUUUAGGGGCCGUUUUGCCGAAAAUAACUAAGUCAGCUCAGGAUUCUACCACCAAACCAGCUAUGUGCUCUAAACUAGAUGCAACACAAUGCUCCUUGAUAGAAUCAACUCAGUGUGCCAUGAGUGAAUUGGCUCCUUCCAUUGUGCCUGACACAGCUCAUCCUGAUCCACUCCCUGCUGAGUUACCUCAGUAUACUCCAUCCUCCACUGAGUUACCCCAGUCUGCUCCAUCCUCCACUGAGUUAAUGCAGUCUGCUCCAUCCUCCACUGAGUUACCUCAGUCUGCACCAUCAACAGAAAUGCCUCAGUGCUCAAAAAUGGAGUUACUUCAAAUCGCCAGCACACCUAGCACCCGUGUAAGAAUCCCCAGAAUUAACUGGAAAAAAGCACCUCGGACUGUCAAGAAAAGUUGGAAAAGAAAAUCCUGCAAGUCUCCCAAAAUUUCACGUACAAUGCGCUUCAUACUUCCUAAGUCUGAAAUUCAACUUCACUCCUCUGUCACCAGAGAUAUCAAUGUCAAUUCUGGUAGAAAAACAUCUCUGAAUUUAUUGAGUGGGACUUCAAUGUAUUCCAUUCCACAAUCUGGUAAAGUCGGAACUAAUUUUACUCCUUCUGAAGAAAUUUCAUCUUCAAGUUCUUCAAAUUCUGCUUGUGCAAUAAAUUCCAGCAUUUUAAAUUCAGAGUCUAAAAUAAUUUCAGAUCCUAUUAAGGAAGAGGCAUUUAACUCAGUGCAGGCACUUGUAGGUCCUGUCCUUGUUGCCAGCACUUGUGUUACAUCCAGCAAAAGCAACUUGCAGUCAGCUUGUUCUGUGCCUUAUGCUGCUGCAGAAGCCCCUCAUGUUUUAUCCUCUUUGCCCUGUAGUUCAACUAGUUUGAAUGCUUCCAUACUGGUUGAUGCUGUGGCUGCUGGAAACCAUGUUGACUCAUCAGUUGCUGCACACUGCGAUUCUUCUGUUAACAGCUCUGAUGUUGUGGACUUGAAUGCUAAUGAACUUUCUCAGGAGUUUACUUUUUUUCGUGCUGUGCCACCAAAGCCAACAAUUAAUAUUGAAACCCAAGUUGAAUCCACAAAAUAUACUAAGUCUAUGGGAACAUCGAACUGCCAUUUAGGGGGUAAAAGAAGAGCAAACCGUAGCAGAAAUAAUUUGGAUCGGGAACCAAUGUAUAAACCAUUGAUGGCUAUGCAAACCAGAGCAGGUAUAAAGAACCAAGCUUGCACCAAACCUAGCAUCAACACCACCACAGCCUCGACUCGCAGAAAAGUUAUUUUAGUUAAAUCAAUAACUGAAGAGAAAUCUACCCACAGUGGACUUCAGGGCGAGUUUGAUGCCAUGCUUCCUGGCAAUAUUGAUGCAUCCAACAACAUUGAUCUUGCUGCAUGUGGCAUUGAAGUUGAUGAACCACUUCAUGAAGCCAUCACAAAUGCCACCAAGUUGAUGGAUGGCACGAAUACUCUAAGGAUCUCACCUCAAUUAAUGCGCAAGAAGAACUCCAGAUCAAUCCUUUCAUCAAAUAUGUCAAGCAAAAUUGAGAGGGACGGCGAAAAGAUUUUUACGAUUAAUUCUCAAGAGCCUUUAGUUGAGUUCAAUGCUGGUGGUAAUGUUGCUGGUAUCCCCGAAGUAGCCGUUAACGUUAAAUUAUCACUUACGGAAGUGAACCUCAAAAAUUCCCAACCAUCCUCUUCUUCUGGCCAGAGAAAUAUCGAGGAUGUAGGAUCCAAGAACCCAGGGAGUGAGGUCUUUGUUGGAGGAGAUGGACCAACUUCUGGAGAUGGACAAAACAUGGGACGAACAAGCAAACGGAUUCUGUUGUGUCAGGUGUGUGGCAAGCUUCUGCAUGGCGUCUCCAGCCUCAAGACUCACCUGCUCACUCAUGCCCCCACCAAGCCCUACGCUUGUGACGUUUGCCACCGACGCUUUAAGCGUCGCACGUAUCUCAACCAGCACGCGCUCACGCACACCAACCGACGUCCUCACACGUGUCGAGUAUGUCAGGUCACGUACAGAACGCGUAGCCAGCUUAUGAGGCACCUCAAAGCCCAUGAACGCGUCCUUGAUGUCUAUGAGUGUAAGCAAUGCUCUAGGGUUUUCAACUCUCGGUUUGCUCUCAACUCGCACGCUAAAGUUCACGUGGAGAAAGUCUCAAGUUGCUGUGAGAUUUGCGGCGAGUUUUUUACUUCUGCAAAAGCGCUCAAAUUGCACAGAUUGACGCAUUCGGAAUGCCAGCACCGUUGUGAAGUCUGCGGAAAAAGAUUUGCAUACCUGAGUUUGCUUCAGCGGCACAUGGUUAGUCAUGACAAUGAUGAACCUCGGUAUUCGUGCAAAAUUUGUCCAAUGAAAUUUUUUUGGGAGACCAGCCUCGCCAAUCACGCCAAAACCCACGUGCCUAAAAAGUUCAAAUGUACCUUCUGUCCGAUGGAUUUUCACUCGGAGCUUAAGUACACGUCACAUCUCAAGAAACACUCGAAUCCCAAGCCACAUUCGUGCACUCUCUGUCCUAAGAAGUUUGCAUUCACGUAUCAGCUGAAUAAACACAUCAACAGCACCCAUGAUCUCAAGAGCUUGUUCUCCUUAAAAACACGAAAACUGCGUGGCGAAGAUGUGCCAGGUCUUCUGGACGGAGAUGUGACCGGUCAUCCUGUUUCUAUCAGAACCAAAACAUGUUUUCAAAACGCUACAGGCGAGAUUUCCAACGAAGGAAAGAAUUCCGAUGUUUCUAGAUGUCCUGAGGAAAAAUUUGUGGACGGAAGCUUACCCGAACUGUUAUCUGAAAACCACCACAUUCGAGCACAAGAACACAACUCUUCUGCUGGCCAAAGCAAGAAGAAGAACGCUCUCUGUCAGCCCAGCACCAACAUUUCCACCACUGCAAGGAGUAGCACGAAUGCAUCAAGUAUCGCCAGGAAUUGUGUUAAAGCACCCAUAAAUGUCGGCAAGGUACCUGCUGCCAGCAGAAGUGCUGGUGCCAGAAAGAACGCUGAAGCCAGCAAUAAUUCGGAGGCAAACAGGAGUAGUGUCAAAAAGCGUGUCGUGACCUGCAAGCGUACAAAUACUGAUAAUAAAUUCACCGCUGAAAAUAAAGCUGAACUGAAGCACUCUCGAAAGAUGACCGCCAUAACUUCUUCUAACGAUGAAAAUUCUGUAAAUGCAACUUCUGAUGAAGAACAAAUUUACAAAAAUGCCGUCAGACCUACUAAGCAAUCCUUAACGCCUGCUCCAUCCCUGAGCUCUAGUGUCAUGCCCAGGCUUGCUUACUCUCGACGUAGUAAUGCAUUGCCUAAAAGUUGCGCUAGGCGAUUAAGCGCCUGUGGCGUCUCCUCUUUUGAUUCUAAUGGGGAACGAUCAGGACCUCCUCCGGCUUACAGCUUCUCAUCUCCCCAAGCGUCCACUCAGAGCCCAAAGGAAAAUUUGUAUCCCGUCACUACCCCGAACUUUUCAUCAACUUCCAUUUUGAGCAUUUCAUCAGCUCCUACCCCAAACUUUCAAUCGGGACCUACUACUUCUAACUUUUCAUUGCCUCCUACCUCUAACUUUAUAUCGGCUCCCACAACAAAAUAUUCAUCGGCUUCUACCCCGAACUUUUCAUCAGCUCCUACUGCAAACUUUUUAUCGGCUCCCUCCUCUAAUUUUUCUUUAGCCUCUUCCCCGCUUGAACAUUCAGAUGUGAAUUAUUUCCCUGAACCUUCGAAGGGAAACAGUGGGGUCGCCAAAUCCUCCUCAAGAUCUUCUAAAUUCGUCCAUUUGGCAUGUAGGGAUUUUUUCCCUAUCGGAAGCGGGGAGGAUCGUGGAAGUUUUACAGGACAGCCCCACCCCCACCUGUUGCCCGCGUCCUGUGAUCCCUACUUGCAUUCCUCAGCCUUCAUUAAAUCCCCAGCUCUGCUCCCCUCUUACAUGGAAGAUUCCUUCACCCACAACCCGCCUGACAGCCCACUCAAUAACUUGAGCCCGCAAUACAGCCCUCCUGAUAUGUACAGCCCAGAGUACAGCUCACCCGCGCACCUAGGCCCACCUCACAGCCCGCAUCAGAUAUCCAACACUGCAUACAACCCAAGACAUAACUCAACUCGCCAGCCUUACCCACCUCCACCUUCGUAUCUAUAGCGAGAAAACUCAAUAUACUAUUGAACUCGGCUGGUCAACCAAUCUCUACCUUCUUAUUUUUAUAAUUACAACCAACGACAUAACUACUCGACGGCUCAACCCUCUUCAUCGCCAGCACAGCCCGCCUAUUUCCCUAAACUCCUAAGUGCGCCCGCGUUGCGCCAGCACACCAAUAUCAGUUCCCUCAGGGCGGGUUGAGGUGAUAUACUCAAAACUAACUGCAAAGAUUACUGGCUGUUAUUUGUCGUUGAUCUAUCACGUUGUUAUACAGUUACUGUACUAUAUACUGUUUCAUGUUCGUUUAUGUUCGUUGUUGUUGUUGCUUAGUUUUCUUGCGUAUAAAAGAAGGUCUUCAGUUUGCAGUGAACUGAAUUUCAUAGACGCGUCUUGGUCAUCUUCGAUCGUGUACACGUAAGCCAUUCAUUUCCGUACAUGAAAUGUUAUGCGCGUUCUGCGGCGUUAAUCACAUCGUAACCAAUAAUAAGAACCAUAGUUUUGAUUAUGAUGAUAAUGUUCAUCGCAAGUGCCAACUCAAUGCACUGCAACAAGCAGAGGAUAAUUCACGUCCAAUUGCGUACGGAAAUGUGAAAAUUCGAAUUUCCUUCAUCUUGCUACUCACUCAUCCUUGUCAUUUUACAACCUCGGUAAUAAGUUAACAAUUAUUUACUGAAUAAAUUAGAUGGAGUUUCACAUAUAUAUAUCGUAUGUGGUUGGCGCCUUGUUACAAUUUCCUACUAAGAUUUUGAAUUCGCGUCGGUUCUUGUUGAUCAAUAAAAGUGAUGAUAUUCUUCUUACGAACGAUG